AUGGGCCAUUGGGAGCGAGUGGACAAUAUACGGAUUACUGUGGAAUUGGAGACGACAAAGAUUGAUAAUUCGUCCUAUCUCGGAGAAAUUAGAGUACUUAAUUUCCGCAUAGCUAAAAGACCAGAGCCUGAACCACUAUAUUGUCUUCAUUUUGAAAUUCGUCUUCCUGCGCAAGAUCCUCUGCCAGUUGUUACUCGAAUUAUGGUGCAUCAAAAAAGAUUCAGUGAGAUUAUAAAAACCACAGAGGAAGCAACAUCUCCUGAUGCAACAAGGACUGACGUCAGUGAACUAAAAGCUGAGCCUGCCUUUGAGUGUGGCGAAGUGGGGCAGAUUGACAAUACAGUGCAUUUGGUUUUAAAUGGAAAUACCAUUCCGAGGGGAUCCUGGCCGUGGCUCGUCUCGGUUUACUCUUACGUCGGCUCUAAACUAGGAUUUCAAUGCGGCGCCACUCUCGUCUCAAACACCCUCGUAAUCACAGCUGCACAUUGUUUCUUCGACAUCUAUGGUCGAAGGGUGAAGCCAGAAGAUGUGAUUGUUAUAUUGGGUCAGCACAAUCUCAAGCGGCCCUACGAUCAAGACACCCGUGUUUUGUAUCCCGAGAGUGUCAAUAUCCACCCCAACUAUCAAAAGCGCAACAAAGUGGAUUCUGAUAUUGCAGUGAUAGUUUUCAAGGAAUCUAUCCAAUUCACAACGUACAUUCGGCCUGCUUGCCUUUGGAAAGAGCCAAUAAGCAAGGAAAGCAUUGUUGGCCUCACAGGAGUGAUCGCGGGAUGGGGUCGCGACGAGAACGGAAACUACUUCACGGAACUUCCCAAGAAGGCUGAAAUUCCAGUUGUCUCAGACGAAAUGUGCCUCCGAUCGCAUGAACUUUUUGCAAGGAUCACUUCAGAUGCAACUUUCUGUGCGGGCUACAGAAAUGGAUCAAUUGGGCCAUGCAAUGGAGACUCGGGCGGAGGUCUGAUGUUCAAUAAGGACAAUCUCUGGACUCUCCGAGGAAUUGUAUCAACAUCUCUCUCAGAUAAGAAAUCAUCAGCUUGCGAUCUGAAUGAAUAUGUCGUCUUCACUGACAUCGUCCCAUUCCUAGACUGGAUCAAGUCAUUCUCCCAGACUUCUGCAUUGCUUUAAUAACUUUCAAUUAUUUUAUUUCACAUAAUCAUCAGCUUAUAAAUUUGUAUAUUAGUAAAUGUUUUCCUCAUCCAAAAAAAUCUCAAUUACUUAUGGUUAAUAAAAAAAUGAUAAAUUCUUUCUGAAAAUCAUAUAUUUCUCAAUCAUCAUAACAUACAGUAAAUGGACAACAAUAUGGAUAGUCUAAAAAGGAAAUGACAGGCACGAUGUGGCAAUUAGGUUGAGUUAUUGUUAAAUUUGCACAAUAGGCAACGUCAAGCAGGAUUCCUUCAUAGCAAAAGAAGACGGCGCAUUCCUCUGGAUUAGUCCACUCUUCGUUGUUUUGCAAGAUCUUAUCCCCAAUUUGGCAGCUUCCCUCUGCGUGGACUGAGUCAUUGGAAUUGAGAAAUACUGGCGGCAGAGUCUUCUUUAUUUGAUUAAUAUUUUGAGCAAAUAUCAAAACUCCAAAUAUUGCGACUGUCAGAACUGCUCUAAACAUUUUUGUCAAAAGAACAUGCGCGUUACUGUCGUGUAUUAAGAAUUUGCUGCAACAGCAAAUUUUAGCUGAUACUUCUCAGAGAGCAAAC